AUGGACGAAAUUCGGAUACCGCGGGUGCGCAAAUCUCCUAGCCAUUUGUCCUUUUCUCUGAUGUCCCAGCCUUUGCAGGUCAGCCAAGUGCUCUGCACAAGGAAUGGCUCAACUCUCGUCGGCACCAUCCAUCUCACCCGCCACCACCUCAUCUUUAACUACGAUGAAGACAAGGAGAAAGAGUUGUGGGCAAGUUUCGUGUGCUGGUUGAUCUGGCCUGCUUUGAUAACGUCUUGCAGGUCCCUUACCCCCCUCAUCUCGCUUGUAACUCGACUUCCUCAAACACACCAAGGGCAGACCCCGCUCAGCUUCCAUACCCGCACAUUCGAGACUUUCUCCUUUGGAUUCAGUAAGGAGGCCGAUGCCGUCGCUGUCUUUGACAAUGUCAAAGAGUUAACAGUCGCCACGUCUGUUGAGGCUUUGUACGCCUUUUCUUACUCUCCAAACCCUCCUCUACCUGCCGAAGAGGGUUGGGGAUUAUAUUCACCCCGAGACGAGUUUGGUCGAAUGGGUGUUGGAACCCGCACCAAGGCCUGGCGGUUCACUGACAUCAAUAAAGACUAUUCCUUCAGUCCCACAUACCCUGCGAAGCUGGUUGUUCCAACUCGGAUAAGCGACACUACCCUCCAGUACGCAUCCAAAUACCGCAGCAAGGCCCGGGUACCCGCGUUGACAUACCUGCACUGGGCUAACUAUGGAUCGAUUACACGUUCCAGCCAGCCUAUGGUCGGAAUCACCCAGAACAGGUCCAUCCAAGACGAGAAACUAAUCGAGUCAGUGUUCCAAACACAUCACUCUCCCGAGUCUCGUGCUUCCGCUGGGCCCGUUUACGGAGCAACCACUACGAAUCUCAUCAUCGACGCGAGACCAACCAUUAACGCGGUCGGCAACACAGCCAAAGGCGCUGGAACCGAAAACAUGGACCAUUAUAAGGACAGCAAAAAGGUCUACCUCGGGAUUGACAGCAUCCACGUCAUGCGUGAGUCGCUGGCUAAAGUUGUCGAGGCUCUUCGUGAAGCGGAUGUGUUGCUUGCGAGCAUCAACAACGAUCUUCCCGACCAAGUCACUGGAAUCUCUGUUCUUGACAGACAAGCGCUACGCCGGUCUGGUUGGCUUCGUCAUAUUCAAUUAAUUUUGGAAGGGACCGUGCUCAUAACCCGUAACAUCCAUAUCAACUCUUCCCAUGUCCUUAUCCAUUGCUCGGAUGGUUGGGACCGCACCUCACAACUAUCUGCUCUCGCUCAGAUGUGUCUGGACCCGUUUUAUCGAACAAUACGAGGUUUCGAGAUUCUCAUCGACAAGGACUGGGUCUCGUUUGGCCACAAAUUUAUGGACCGCUGCGGUCAUUUGUCUUCAGACAAAUUUUUCGUCUCUCCUGCGGAGCUGGGCGGCGCGAAUACUGGCGCGGAGGCUGCGCAAGCGUUCUUGGCUUCAAUGCAGAACCGAUUCACUUCCAAUAGCCAUUUGAAGGAAACCAGUCCCACGUUCCACCAGUUCCUCGAAACUGUUCGACAAAUUCAGCGCCAGUUCCCCGAGCGUUUCGAGUUCAACGAGCGCUUCUUGCAGCAACUAUAUUAUCAUCUCUACUCUUGCCAAUUUGGUACUUUCCUUUACAACUGCGAACGAGAGCGUCGAGUAGGCGAGGAUGGACUACCUCCUUCCGAACGGACAAAGAGUGUCUGGGAUUUUUUGAACUCGCCGGCAGAGAAAGAACUCAAUACCAACCCGACAUACAACCCGACACUUGACGAUCCUGCGAGCCGCCUUCCAAAAGCUGAUAUGGGGGUCCUGAUACCCAAUGCUAAAGAUGUCAGAUUUUGGAAUGAGCUGUAUGGACGCAGCGACGAGGAAAUGAACGGACGGGUACAACCCCAGAUUUUAGAGCCCGAAACCGUUACUUCUCCUGAUGACGAAACCCCAAUUCAAGGAGCUCGUAUACCACUCCCGCCCUCGCCGUCGAUGUCGCCUGCUCCACUGAGUUCGCAAGCAACUUCCCGACCAGUUACCCCCACACGACCAAGUCCUUCCCGACCAGACAGCUUUAGACCGAUAUCUUCCGUAUCGGCAUUCUCUCUUCAAGGUUUCAAUGUGCCCAAUCCAAUUGCAUCGUUACCUGCCAUGUCUAGCUCGCACUCAACCCCCAAGAGUGGAAGUGGUGGCGGUGGUUUGCAGCCCAACUUUUUUGCAAACACGGGCAAGUCAGUGUGGGGGAGACUGUCGUCCAACGCGUCAGCUGCAUUUUCCGCGGUUCAAGAUGCGUAUGUGAACGCGUCGAAGGAUUUGAAUACAUCUUGGGAAUCGAAAAACGAGACGUCGAAAACUGCGGAGCUGAGUAGUCGAGAAACACUGAAGGCGUGGGGGGAAGAAGAAGAUCCCAUGUCGUCGUCAGCCUUUUCUUCCAGUCACAAUCCAUGGGGAAGCAACAGUGAAGCCUCUCUUUUGAGCGCGUCGACAUCCCGGUCAAGUAUUUGGGACAAUAAUCCCUGGGGAAGCAGCAGUUCAGAAAUGAAUACGCCGACUGCAGUCGACCCGCCAGCACCAAUCACUGUGGUAGAAACUGGCCUUGGUGGGAUGACUUUGGAGAGUGUUGCCGCUCCAACAACUCGACGCGACAAUAAUAAUGUUGAUCCGCUAAAACCGGGAAGCAACAGUGAAGCCUCCUCGUCUCGCUCGGACAGCAAUCCUUGGGGAAGCAGCAACACAGCGAAAACGAGUCGAGUUGACUCGCCAGCAGUGGAAACUGGUUUGGGUGGGAUGAUUUUGGAGAGUGUUACCACAACAACUCGUAAAGUUGAUCCGCCAAAACCGCCCCAACCAGUACAGUCGAGUGCAAACAUCGAUCCACUUGGCGUAGGGUUCUCGUAG